AUGUCGGAGAAACUAUCUUUCCUCUGGAGAUUCUGUGAUAAAGGCACCCUGCAAUGUUCACGCUGCCUUCCUGGUUGGGCUGAGCACGCCACACGCUGCUUCCAUUUGGCAUCACAACCAAUGAAGUGGGAAGAUGCUCGUAGGGAGUGUUUUAAUGAAGGUGCUGACCUGGCUGUUGUCUUGAAUGCUGCAGACCAGGCAUUUCUGACCAACAUGACUUUCCAGUUUACACAGCAGCAUCCAAAUGUACUGUUCCAUUCAGCAUGGAUCGGGUUGCAGGACAUGGUGCAGGAUAACAGAUUUGUGUGGGUAAAUGGUAUCAAGUCCAAGUCAGAUUUGAAGUUCUGGAUGCCUGGAGAGCCAAACAAUGCUGCGGCUCAAUGGGACAAAGACCGUGCAGGACAGGACUGUGUUGUCAUUGUCCCUCCAAAGACUGUUGGACAGAAAGGCUGGCUGAACUCCUGGGAUGAUGUUGUCUGUCGAGGCCAGCGGCACUACAUUUGUGAAACCAAAGCUCUUAUUUUGUCUGGAGUAAAAACUGAGGAAUGA